AUGAUUAUGCACAUAGAAGCUUGUGGAUUGAGACAUCUCUUGUAUAUGCUUGAGGUCAAGACGAACAGGGGGCUACUGACAGCAUUCACAGAGAGGUGGUAUACUGACCACAACUCUUUUCAUCUUUCUAAUGGAGAGAUUAGUGUGACCUUAGAGGAUGUGUAUAUGAUUCUUCACAUCCCUAUUACUGGUGAGCUUGUACAGUAUGAUCAUCACGAGAUGGGUGGCACAACAACUUUGCGGAAAGUGUUCGAUGAUGAGAUGAUUGAUGGCUCUAAGGUGCGAUGGGAGGAUAUGUUGAUGUAUUAUGAGCCUUUGACCUCUAUUUUGGCUGAUUUGAUUGGAGGAUUUAGCUGUCCUGAUAGGAUAUCUUGUGGUAUUUCAGUUGGUUGGGGAUGCAUUCUAUUGAGGAUGAUGCAACACAGGACACGAUAUGCAUGGGGUGUGUGUAUGUUAGCACAUUCAUACCAUGAUUUAUAUCAGGGUGUAUAUGAUGGUGCAGCUAGUUUGGCUUCAAGUGUUACACUUUUACAGAUAUGGUGUUGGGAGCACAUAGAUGUCACACGACCUAUACAUGAUCAGGUUUGA